ACAGGUCCGGGAGGAGACCCGCAAGGAAGCAGGCUGCCAGAGCCCAAGGUGCGGCGGGCAGGCGUGGAGCUCAGCCUGGCCAGAAGGAGCCGGCCGGGGGCAGCCCAAGGCCAGGGUCUCCCCGGAGGAAGCAGGCAGAGCGCAGGAGACACCUAGAGGAGCUGGGGGAGCAGGGGCGGAGCUCCGCAGAGAGGACCUUCGAGGGGAAGAGGAAGAGAGAUGGGAGGGCUUCCCUCAAGAAGCAGAGAGCUCCCCCAAAGAAGGAAAAGGAGGUGUCAAGGAAGGAGGAGAUGUGGAAGCAGCCAAAGGAACACAGGUCACCCUCCUUGGCCUCCAGUGCUUCUGGAGCGGAGACUCUGUCAGAGGAGGAACGGGCCCGGAUCCUGGAGCAGGUAGAAGACAAGAAGAAGCUCAUUGCCACCGUGCGGAACAAGCCCUGGCCCAUGGCGAAAAAGCUUAGGGAGCUCAGGGAGGCCCAAGAAUUUGUGGAGAAGUACGAAGGAGUCUUGGGAAAGGGGAAAGGCAAGCGACUCUAUGCCUAUAGGAUGCUGGUGGCUAAGAAGUGGGUCAAGUUUAAGAGAGACUUUGAUAAUUUCAAGACUCAAUGUAUACCCUGGGAAAUGAAGAUCAAGGACAUUGAAAGUCACUUUGGUUCUUCUGUGGCAUCAUAUUUCAUCUUUCUCCGAUGGAUGUACGGAGUUAACCUCGUCCUUUUUGGCUUAAUAUUUGGUCUCGUUAUCAUCCCAGAGGUACUGAUGGGCGUGCCCUAUGGGAGUAUUCCCAGGAAGACAGUGCCUCGGGCUGAAGAAGAAAAAGCCAUGGAUUUUUCUGUCCUUUGGGAUUUUGAGGGUUACAUCAAGUAUUCUGCUCUCUUCUAUGGCUUCUACAACAACCAGAGGACUAUCGGGUGGCUGAGGUACAGGUUGCCCAUGGCGUACUUUAUGGUGGGGGUCAGCGUGUUCGGCUAUAGCCUGAUGAUUGUCAUUAGAUCGAUGGCCAGCAAUACCCAGGGCAGUGCAAGCGAUGGGGAGAGUGCUAACUUCACAUUCAGCUUCAAGAUGUUCACCAGCUGGGAUUACCUGAUUGGGAAUUCAGAGACAGCCGACAACAAAUACGCCUCCAUCACCACCAGCUUCAAGGAAUCAAUAGUGGAUGAACAAGAGAGUAACAAAGAAGAAAAUAUCCAUCUGACAAGAUUUCUCCGGGUCCUGGCCAACUUUCUUAUCAUCUGCUGUUUGUGUGGAAGUGGGUACCUCAUUUACUUUGUGGUGAAACGAUCCCAGGAAUUCUCCAAAAUGCAAAAUGUCAGCUGGUAUGAAAGAAAUGAGGUAGAAAUUGUGAUGUCCCUGCUUGGUAUGUUUUGCCCCCCUUUGUUUGAAACCAUUGCUGCCCUGGAGAAUUAUCACCCACGCAUUGGACUGAAGUGGCAGCUGGGACGCAUCUUUGCACUCUUCCUGGGGAACCUCUACACAUUUCUCUUGGCCCUGAUGGAUGAUGUUCACCUCAAGGAAGUUCUCUGUGGCCCCAUGGUCUGA